AUGAUCAAGCAGUUGAUAGAUAAGCAGUCUGCCAUCUACAGCGAAAGACCCAAGUUUUAUAUUGCUGACCAUCUGGUUAUGCAUGGUGACCACCUCAUGUUCAUGGGCCCGGACACUCGAUGGCGACGCGGCCGAAGACUCUAUCACCAAUAUUUUAACGAAACUGCUUGUGAGAGGAAACAUGUAUCUCUCCAAAAUGCUGAGGCCGUCCAAUUACUACGGGAUCUCUACGUUGAACCUGACGGCUUUAUGGAUCAUUGCAAAAGAUUCACGAACAGCACUACUAUGAGCCUUGUUACUGGCAUUCGAACGCCAGCUGCUUCCGCUCCACAUAUGCGCCACCUGUAUGCUGUAUUGGACGGUAUCUCAGAAAUUUUUGAGCCAGGAGCCACCCCACCUAUCGAUAUUUUCCCCUUCCUUGCAUGGCUCCCAGAGUCAUUAUUCAAUAACUGGAAAUCACGGGCACGAGAAGUUGCCCAAACUAUGGACAAGGUAUAUGGACCUCUUGUUGACCGUGUUCUGAAGCGCCGUGAGUCGGGUUCAGAAUUUCGUGAGAGUUACCUGGAUAUGGUUUUAGACCAGCAAGAGAAACUCCAACUUACGAGGCACGAAAUUGAUUUGAUGGUUGGAAAUCUUCUCGAAGGAGGCUCCGACACCACUUCCAUUAUGACAAUUGUCUUCAUCCAGGCCAUGGCAUUAUAUCCUGAUGUGCAGAAGGAAGCACAGGAAGAGAUUGACGCAAUUAUCGGUGAAAAACGAUCCCCAGAAUGGAAAGACUAUGUAAAUCUACCAUACGUGGCUAUGGUUGUGAAGGAGACGAUGAGAUGGCGCCCGGUUCUGCCAACAGCUUUUCCACACGCUACCAGUAAAGAAACUGUGAUCGACGGAAUGACCAUCCCUGCGGGCUCGACCGUUAUACCCAAUAUAUGGGGGUUGCAUCAUGACAGCCGCAAACAUUUCAACCCGAACCAGUUCAAUCCACUGAGAUAUAAGGGGCGUGUUGAUCUCGCACCGAUAUACGCCUCCUCACCAGACUAUGAAAACCGCGAUCACUAUGCAUAUGGGUCCGGUCGGCGCAUUUGCCCUGGCAUUCACCUGGCUGAAAGAGGGCUCUUUCUCGCCAUGGCGAAGAUUCUUUGGGCCUUUGACAUCUCGCCUAUGCGUGAUGCCCAAGGCCAUCCGCUUCACAUAAACACUGAUCCUGCCACUGGCUAUACAGACGGUUUCCUGCGCUGUCCAAAGCCAUUCCCUGUGAAGAUCAACCUCCGCUCUGCCCGCCACCAGGAAACGAUUGACGCAGAGUUUGCAUGUGCAGAAAGAGACGUAUUCAGUAAAUAUGACGUAUAG